GCUGUCCAUGAUUAUCUAAGUGACAAACCGUUCACGGAAUACCAAGAAAGUAUGUACUUCUCGCGAUUCCUACAGUGGAAAUGGUUAGAAAGGCAACCUGCAACGAAAAACACCUUUAGACAUUAUCGAGUACUGGGAAAAGGAGGAUUUGGUGAGGUAUGUGCUUGUCAAGUUCGUGCCACUGGGAAAAUGUAUGCGUGUAAAAAGCUGGAAAAGAAGAGGAUAAAAAAACGUAAAGGAGAGAACAUGGCAUUAAAUGAAAAGAAGAUUUUGGAGAAAGUUAACAGUAGAUUUGUUGUUAGUUUAGCGUAUGCCUAUGAAACAAAGGAAGCACUUUGUCUGGUACUAACCAUAAUGAAUGGAGGGGACCUGAAAUUUCACAUUUACAAUAUGGGCAACCCAGGUUUCGAUGAGAAGAGAGCGAUAUUCUAUGCUGCUGAGAUCUGUUGUGGCCUGGAGGACUUGCACAAAGAGAGAAUUGUAUACAGAGAUUUGAAGCCAGAGAACAUUCUACUGGACGAUCAUGGGCACAUCAGGAUUUCUGAUCUGGGUUUAGCCGUGCAGAUUCCAGAGGAUGAGACGAUUCGGGGGAGAGUUGGAACUGUUGGAUACAUGGCUCCGGAGGUUAUCAACAAUGAACGUUACACGUUCAGCCCUGACUGGUGGGGUCUCGGCUGUCUGAUUUAUGAGAUGAUUCAGGGUCAGUCGCCUUUUCGAAAGCGUAAGGAGAAGGUAAAACGGGAGGAGGUUGACCGCCGGGUCAGAGAGGAUACGGAGGAAUAUUCUGAUAAGUUCUCAGAAGAGCCACGUUCCAUCUGUAAGAUGUUGCUGACCAAAGAUCCAAAGCAACGAUUGGGCUGUCGAGGAGGGGGAGCUAGUGAGGUCAAGCAACAUCCUAUAUUCCGACACAUCAAUUUCAAAAGACUCGAGGCAAACAUGUGGGACCCUCCUUUCGUUCCAGAUCCCAGAGCAGUUUACUGCAAAGAUGUCCUGGAUAUCGAACAGUUCUCCACAGUCAAAGGGGUAAACCUGGAUCCAACAGAUGAUGACUUCUACUCCAAAUUUGUUACAGGCAGCGUCUCCAUUCCUUGGCAAAAUGAGAUGAUUGAUACAGAAUGUUUUAAAGAGGUAAAUGCCUUUGGGACUGAUGGGACAUUAUCACCAGUUCUGGACAGCAACAAGCCCAAUCCACCUCCAAAACGAGGCCUAUUGUACAGGCUUUGCAGACGAGAGGUCUGUUUCAAAAGUAGCUUCAGUGAUGAUGAAGACGACCCUUCAAAAACUCUGUAGCUGCCAAGUUAAUCAUACAUCACCACGAAAAGGAGAAAACUGAUGUAUUUCAGGUUAAACUGGGAACAUGUAUUAAAAUGUAUUAUAUUGCAACAAAAAAACUGCUGUAUGAGUUUACAUAUUUUGUACAUUUGUACUUGAAUUAUGUCCUAGAUGUAUAUUUUCACUAAAGUUGUACAAGAAGCCAUAUAUUAAGUACCACUUGAAUGCACACAUUAAUUUUAGCAGGAAUGACUUUGGAAUUAUCUAUUUAAAAGUUUAUUUUUAAUUAUUUUUUUAAUACUGAUAAAGCACAGCAAUGUAAAUUGUGUGCUGUUUGCAACUUGUAAUUCGAGUGACUUGGCUGGAUUUUAUUUCAGUACAGAAUGGGCCUAUGCACACAAGCAUUUGCUGUCUAGGUGCUUGCUAAUGAUUAUACCACAGAGUAUGUAUGUGUAUGCAUGUGCAAAUGUAUAUGUGUUUGUAUAUAAUGUGUAUAUGUGUGUGCGUGUGUGUAUAAAUGUGUAUCCUGGAAUAGCACCUGUUGGACCAGGUAAACUUUUUUGCCUCAAUGCAAAUUGUAUAAAUUCUGUUCUGUUUUCUUUUGCCUUGUUCCGUUGGAAUUGAACCUUUGUUGCUGUGUUCAUAGGCCUAAUGUUUUAUCUUUUAAAAAGAGAUUGUAACUAAGGCCACUGAUUUACAGUUUUCAGCUGGGGGGAGGGGAAAAAAGGACAGAAUAUAACCCUUGAAACUCAAUAUCAUGCAAAAGUAUAAGCAGGAAAUUGAUACAUUUGAUGGUUCUUAAUUCCAACAGAGAAUGUGAAUCCUCGCCUUCCCCUGACACAGUGAAAAUCCCAUCUUGAGUGAAAAUGGAAGUUAUACUUUGUCUAUCCUUAAUUCAUUUGGCCUUGUUCUAUAAAUGGGUCCAGUCACACAACAUCACUUCUCCUCUACUCCUAGUUUAAAAAUUCCUGGUAAUGCAAUUAAAGCGAGAGUUGAUUUGGUUGACGGAUGUGAACCAGUGGCCCUGGUAAUUUAUCAAAAGAUCUGUAACCUCAUUUAUCUGUGAAAGCAUUCCAAUAUUCACCUUAUCUAUAUACCUGAAGGUCUGAUUACAUCAGUGAUCGGUACCAAACAGUUUAGAAAAAUAAAUUUAGUGUUGGUUAUUUUACCUAUGAUUCAUUUACCAAAAGCUGUGAAGGACUUAAGUUGAUGGUCUUUUUUCCUGUAAUAUUGACCUUUGUGGAUUCAAUGUCUUGCACUAAGUGCCAUUUUAUUUUUUAGAUGUUGCCUGUUCUCGGAAGAGACUUUCCAACUGUAUUUAAAAAAGCAUGAAGUUAAUGUAUCUGCAAAAUUACUAUUGAUCAGGCAUUUCUGCACCUAGAUAUCAGAAUCUCAUGUUGAACAGGUCUGAUUCCAAUCUACUUAGUGACUGUUUUGUGCUAAUGUAAGUAUGUUUCUUUUUAAUCCAGUGUGUAUAACUUUCCUGAACUGGGAAUUUUCUUGGGUUCUUGCCUUGUGUCGCUGGGUUUUUUAUUCUGUUCAAAUGUUUUAAAUUAAUAAAUACUGCCAUUUGUAUACA